AUGGCCAUCCAUUCCAAGGACGAGGCGUUGAUAUGCAAAGUGUUUCCGUCCAGUUUGGGACCCAUGACGAUGAGAUGGUUCGGUGGCCUCAAGCCAAACUCCAUAAACUCUUUUAAGCAGCUAACACAGGCUUUUGGUUCUCGCUUCAUAACUAGCAGUAGGGUUCCUCGACUAGACUCCCUCCUGUCCUUGUCCAUGCGAGAGGGAGAGACCUUGAAGGUCUACUCAGACAGAUAUUGGGAAAUGUAUAAUGAGAUAGAGGGAAAUUACGAUAAUGUCGCCAUUAGCACAUUCAAGAGGGGCCUACCGACAGAGCAUGGUUUAAGAAAAUCCUUGACUGGGAAACCGGUUACCAGCUUGCGCCAACUCAUGGACCGAAUCAACAAGUACAAGAGAGUCGAAGAAGACCAACAGACGGGAAAGGGCAAAGCGAAGGUUGUCCCUCAGGAAAGGAGGGACUUCAGAUCGGAUCGCUUUAACAACAGUAACCGGCCGAGAAAGGAUUACUCGGAGCAAUCUGGAUCCACAGGGACACAGGCAGUCCAUGCUGUGUUUCAAGAACCAUUACAUAAAAUCCUAGAGAAAGUGAAGAACAAACCAUUCUUUCAAUGGCCAAGUAGGAUGGCAGGCGACCCCGCAAAACGCAACUAG